AACAGUGCACUUCGACUUAUAAUAUGAUACAAUAAUUUAAAGAAUUUUAUAUAGUAAAGGCUUUCUUUUCAAAAAAUACUAAAUAGUCUGUGAUAGUAUUUUGUAACAGCCAAUAUAAGUACCUAAAAUGUAGUAAAUAUAAAUAUGUGCUACAGUUUUAAUCUAAUGAAAAAAUAUGAUUGGACUAUAAACUUGACUUGUAUAGUAACAGUAAAUAGGUUACGAAAGAGUAAGAAAGAAUGGAAGAAAAAUUCAUAACUUUACUGAAACAACAACAUGACUGAAGGAAAACUAGAAUAAAAAGAAAUUCUUGUUAUCAUGCGUGUGUUGUGCGCAGUCGGUGAUUCCCAAAGUACAAUGAAGCCUUGAACUUUCACGCAGACAAAGACUGAUACGUCUAACAGUUCGUAUAAAUACGAUGCAACUCGAUACAUUCGAUAUCAGUGAUUCCUCAUACAGAAGUCGGACCACUGGUUAAUCAGAAAAUCAUGAAGAACUUUAUCUUCGUCAUUCUGGCUAUUACCUUUGUGGUAGCUGUAUCUACCACCACAAUCCCAAAUGCACGUAAAACUGAGCUCCGUCGUCGUCGGGAAGCCGGACCGGAACCAGAACCAAAUAAUCGACCACCCCGACCUAUAAGUCUCCCACCAAUUAAUCCUCGCCUUCCUCGUGAAGCUGAUCCAGAACCGGAACCAGGCAACCGACCAGUGUACAUUCCACCACCACGUCCACCACAUCCGCGCCUUCGUCGUGAAGCUGAUCCAGAACCGGAACCAGGCAACCGACCAGUGUACAUUCCACCACCACGUCCACCACAUCCGUCCGCUCCAUCGAGCUCUUACUUCAAAGGCGACGAAUCCAAGUCGAAUUAUGGCCAGGGUGGGUCUCAAGAAACUAAGUCCGCCUCUGACGAGGAUGAAUCUUUAUCUGGCUAUGAAAGAUCUAAAUCAGAGUCAGAAAGAGUGGCUGAAAGCAUCGAACCAAGUCAUUGCAAAGAGGUUCAAAAAGAUUCUAUGACUUGCAAGGUAUGUAAAGACCCAAAAACCGGAAGUAACUCUGAACAAUGUUCGUACAAGUAUCUACCAAGUGACAAGAGUUAUUCGUAUUCGAAAUCUAAAUCAUUUGGUAGCCCAACUGAAUCGAAAGACAAAUCUUACGACGGAUCCGAGAAGAAAGAAUCCAAGGAGCCUUACGAAAAUCCUGGCUAUGAUUAUUCUUCUAAGAAGAUGCCCUACGUUACCGACAGCGAUAUCAAAGACGAAUUUUCGGUUUCUGAUCAGACAAAGCAAUCGGAAGCAAAAGAGGAAUCAGCGAAAUCUGCUUUAAAGAAAAGCGACGCAGGCUUCUACGAUGCGUUCAAGAAGAAGGCAGAGAUUCAGAAGGUUCUUCAGGAGUUCCAGAAGGAAGAUCGUUCCAACUGUAAGAAGUUGAUGCGUGACAAAAUGACUUGCUACCAAUGUAUCGACGAAAAAGGUUUCCAAAAGGAGGAGUGCGCUUUUGUAACUUCUGAAGAACCAUCUGUUGAUAAAUCGGAUUAUCGAGAAGAAAAAGAAUACCAUGUAGAGCCUACUAAAAAGGUUCCCCGGUCAAUCACCGUCCAACAUCCUCUACAUGAUUUUCCUAUCGAACCAGAAGCUGCAGCAAGUGAGGGAGCAUACAUAAAACGAGAACAAGCAGACAAGGAGAAGGAUUCUGGAGAGGUUGAAAGAUCCAAGGAGGUUGAACCUUACGAAUUCGCAGCAGAGACUAAACCUCUGUUUGAUAAGGUUCUUGGAUUCACACUUCCGGCGUACAUGCUGAGUACUUCCGAACACGAAGAAGAGUUUGAUAAGAUCGUAGCGAGUAAGGGGAUUUAAAGAUAUUGUUUUUGU